AUGAGACGAGUGGGGAGGAAGGUCCAGAUUCCAGAAGUUGGAAAUUAUCCAACGAAACAGAAUAUAGAUGCUUUUGCUAUGAAACCUGACCUGCAGAGCGCCGUUCCUUCAGAAGAAUUCAACUUGCCCAAAAGUUGUAUUAAGGAGAAGUUGCGAUGUGCGCAAGACAAGAUCAACGGCAACUUGGUGAGUUGGCUGCUGCCCGGGGAGACGGUUCCCGCGGAGUACUCCCCGGAGGCCGAAGCAUGUGGGGCCGGUCCGGGGAAUUGGGAGUCGCGGAUCGAUAUCAGGGAGGCAGAACUAUCCAUUGGCCGCCUCGAAAGAGAGCGCAUGAGCAUCAAGGGUCAAUCACAUAGUAUUCAUCUGACUUGCGCCACCAUGAUGGCCGAAUCCAUCCAAACGAGUAAAUCACCCAAUUUUGCUUUUCUUUGCCCCAAGCAUAUACAUCUCACAUUCACCAUGUUCAAGUUUACAGAGAGGGUUGAACAACGGGCAAAGGAGGGAGAAUUUAUCUCCCAGCAGGAAGUAUCAGACCUCAGCCGGGAGGAGUCCAACCUUUUUGGGGGUCCUAUAGAGGGUGGCGCAGCAGGUAAAUAUCCCCCCCAAGUUCAACCGUCCUCUUUCAUGCAGUUUGGCCCCCUGAAUUCUGAAACCUGGGCUCACUUUACCCUUUUAUCCGUCAUUGAUAGACCCGUGCUCAUGCCGGAGGGCCUCCAAAAAGAGGCUCUCUCAGCGUCCAGGCGCAAGAGGCUGCCGAGAUGA